AUGGGCUUCGGCUCCUUCGACUCGAUCUGCAAGCAGUCCGCGCUGCCGUUAUGUUUCCUCCUAGGCCCUCCUGCCGAGUUCACGACCUCGAAGAACCCUGUGCUAUUGCCAGCAUGCAGCGCCCGAUCCAUCGAGCUAGGCAACACCAUCAUCUUCGAGGCCGCCUCUGACUUUGCCCAUAUUGCCGCCCUCUUCAUGACGGCCAUCAUGAUUUUCCACGUCCGCUCCAAGUUCACUGCAGUCGGCCGGAAAGAGAUCUUGACUUUCUUCUACAUAUACACUCUGUUGACCGUGGUUAGCUUGGUGCUGGACGCAGGGGUCCUUCAGGCGACGACCACAUCUGCAUAUCCCUGGUUCGUCGCAGUGCAGAACGGCCUGGCUAGUGCGCUGUGCACCUGUCUGUUGAUCAAUGGAUUUGUGGGCUUCCAGUUGUACGAGGAUGGCACCACACUGUCGAUAUGGCUGCUACGACUUGGCAGUCUGAUCAUGUUUGUCAUCAGCUUUGCCGUCAGUCUGCUCACUUUCAAGGGCUGGGCAGGUUUGUCGCCCACCAACACCGCAGGACUUUUUAUCGUACUGUAUAUUAUCAACGCCAUCUGUCUGGCCGUAUACUUUGUCAUGCAGAUUAUCCUGGUGGUCAACACAUUACAAGACAGAUGGCCGUUGGGCGACCUUGGCUUUGGUGCACUCUUCUUCGUCGUUGGCCAGGUCAUUCUGUACGUGUUUGGCCAGAGGAUUUGCGAAGGAGUCGGCCAUUACCUUGAUGGCCUGUUCUUCGCCACGGUUUGCAAUCUGUUGGGUGUCAUGAUGGUCUAUAAGUACUGGGACUCGAUCACCAAGGAGGACCUGGAAUUCAGCGUCGGCACAAAACAGGGCAAUUGGGACGUCAAAGAAUCUCUCCUCGACCCUUCGUCUGCUGUCGACGACCGUCGCACUAGUUUCUACGGCGCACCUAGCGGACGAGAAUCGGUCUACGAUGCAAGUAGUAUGAGUAUGGACUACACUCCGGUAGUCCCGGCACAUUUCCACCAGCAUCCAGCUAUGCCUCAGCAACAGCUGCAGCCGAGCCACCAGUACUCGUCAAGUCGGGACCGACUGUCCGGGUACGGGCAGCUGAAUGAAGGGAGGCAAAGUUACGGCGACAUUCGGCGGCAAUUGCCCCAAUAUGACGAAUACGCCGACGUGCAGACGCCACGGUCAAGGUUGAGGAGUCGUGAUGGUUUGGGCCACAGGGAAAGGGAGAGGGAAUAUGCUUACUAG